AUGGCCCCGGAAGGAUGCUGCGAGAUUCUCGCCGGCUGCGGUCUUCCCAGAGGCCUCUGGGAUGAAGCUGGUAUGGCUACUGUCUCCACAGCUGCUCCCAAAGGCCGGAGGCUGCAGGGCAGCGUGUCGAAGGGGAAACAGUUAGCAGGGAAAUCACGAAGCGUUGUCCCUGCUCAAGUCCAGAGGAAAAAAAGGUGGGAGGGGCAUUUAGCAGUGGCGCGAAAUAGGAGAACCAAAAUGAGAAGGAACAGGAGGACGGAGAAUGGGGUCAAACUGCAGGCGACAACUGAUGACGUCCUCAGCUUUAAAGGGUUGAAUUCACAGAAGCUGACCCAGUGGGUUUUGGUACUGUACGGUACCAUUAUGAUUCCCUUUGGCAUAAAGCAUAAGCUGCUGAAUUUGCUUCAGAGCCAAUGCGGCAUCCCUUUCAAUCUGAUUCACUAUGAAAACAUGCAGGCCCAGUUUUUUUUUUUUUUUGUUGUUGUUGUUGAGAAUUCCAACAUUGCCUUUUAACUGAUGGAUAUCAGUGACAUGAUUUGUGAUGAGAGUGAUAAUAAGCCUCAGAGUUACAGAAAUUGAUCUGUGAUUCUGCAGCUGAACCUGCAGAACACUACCUCUCAGCAAGUUCCUAAUAUGCAGAGACUCCCCUUUGACCAAGAUUUGAUGACCCAUUCUACUGACUUGGUACUGAUUCCUAGAAGGUAUAUGGUGCCUUCCCUGAAUAUCCAUGAAGAGGACAUGAUUCAGAUCAAGUCAGAAGGGGAGAUGUCCAGGGGACAAGACCCAAAUCCAGAAAAGAGAUGUGCAGAUAAAAGCUCUCUGAGUACUACAAUCCCGGAUAAUUCCAGUAACAUAAAUUCGAUUCUGGAAUUGUUCCCCAAGUUAUUAAGGCUGGGUGGACAGGAAUCUCCUAAACCAACUCCUGGUGGUCUUGAAGACUUUAAGACCUUACCAACUUGCAAGGAAAGUUUCUUUGCAUCUGAGGAUAUAAAAAGUCUGGUCCUACAGAUCCUGCAGCAGUGUUACUUCAUCUAUGACAAUGGAGGUUGGCAGGGACUCCUCAAUGCUUACCAUGCUGAGGCUUGCUUCUCAUUGACAGUCCUCUUCAGUUCUGUGGAGUCAGCCAUGUGAGAAAAAAGCUUGUGUGAGUACUUCAUGUAUAGCAGAUAUAUGAAGAUCCUCAAGGAUCCUUGUAAAUAUCUGGAUCAUAAGAAAUGUGACAUUCUUCACUUCCUUCGUGCAUUGCCCAAAACUCAGCAUGACCUCACCUCCUUUGUGGUGGACCUAUGUUUCCAAACAAUGAUCUGCUUCUCUGUUAGUGGGCUGUUCAAGGAAGUGGAGAGCAGCUCUUAAUGAUGAGUUCAUGCCUUCACUCAGACCUUCGUUGUUACAUAUGGCAAUGGUUCAGACCUUUGUAUCAUCAGUAACAAGCUAUUUGUGAGGAAUGUUCAAGGAUUUUCCAAUGCCUCCGUCCUUGUGACCACAUCUUCCUCCAGCUAUUUGCCUUCCUUCUCUCAAGAUUAACAGGAUAUGGUACAAACAUUCUAUUUGCAGUCUUGAGUGAAUGCUGAAAGAUCUCAGAAGUGCUUUCAUGAUGACCAGUGGAAUUACAACAGAGCUAUACAAAUCCUCACUUUAUUCAAGGUGAUGUUUGGAGAUUCAAUUCAGGAUAGAAAAGCCAGAUGGCCUGGAAAUGGUGCUAGGAUUCUUGUAUCUGCUGAUCUCCCAAAUGCCUUCUUUACUUCCUCCAAGUAAAGGACGUGAUCCCAGAGGAUACCUUUACUCAGUCAGGUCUACAAUUCUAAGAACAUCACACACAGAUGAAAUUCCUGGGUGUCACUAUUUGUUUCAUCCAAUCUCUGCUUAGAUUAUGAGCUGGGAUAUCUAUUUUCAUCUUGGAAGCUAAAGCCCAUCUUGUAAAGCUAACUCUCGUUUUGUGUAUUUG